AUGGUUCUCAAGCGCAAGCGCUCCGACUCAGAGAUCAGCACCAGCAGUUCUCUUCUAUCUUCAUCGUCUCCCCUCGGCGGCUCGAGCUUCAUGGCCAUUGACAAUCUCCAAUCCCAUCAGAAUCAGAAUCAAAUCGCGACCCCAUCUCUCUUCUCCUCUCGCACCCGCAAACGCCAUCGAGACAACCGUCCCUCUGAGUCUGAUGUUCAUCGUAUGAUGCCUCCUCUCAUACACGCGUCCGUCGUAUUAAUCGCUCUUUUAGAACACACAUUAUCUCUCCUCUUUUCUGCGCAGCAAAAUACCCAGCCUCCAGCUCAAACUUCUCCACAAAUGCAAUUCGCGCCUCAAGCUCCUGUAGCCGCUGUGCCUGCGAGCAAUUCGCAAAGCGGACACCAAUCGAGCUUACAUUCAUUCUGGGCACUUCCAUCAUCAGCUCGCCAGUCAUCCCCGGGCAAUAACUCCGCUGCAUCGUCGAGCAAUACGCCUCUGACGAUGUUUGCGAAAUCUUCAUUCUUCGAGGCUACCAAUUGCGAGGACUGCGAUUCCCCGCUCAACCAAGGCGAUAGCUUCGACUCCGUCGAUAUGGAUGUCAUGAUGGAUAUUGACAUGCAUAAUGGAAGCGGGCCCAGUUAUGCCUGCGCGGCCUGCUCAAGACAGCUUUGGCUCUAUCUUGUUGCACCUGGCAAAUUCGGAACCGGACUCGGGAAGGCACUACAGAAACCACUAUUCGAGAAUGGCACCUUUGAAGCUAGCAAAAGAGCUGGAUACCGAGUCGUGGGAGGAGGUGAAGGCGUGCGCAACAAGUGUGUCUUAGCACAAGCUACCGUGUAA